AUGGUCCAGGUGCACCUUUUCCAACAGAGUCCAGACUACUCUCGUCUACCCUCUAUCGAGGACGUGAGGGGGUAUCAACCGCCUCCGUCGUCUUUCAGCACUCUUCUGGUUCCUCCAUCGUCUGCUUCGCCCCAUUCCUCUCCCGUCCUCCCUUCGUCUUCCUCCCAGCUCUCGCGCACCGACAGCCGCAACUCUGACCCACGUUCUCGCUCCUUUGUUUCGCUGGUCGAACCCAUGGCGCGCGCGGCGCAGAACCUCGUCAAGUCGAGCGUACCCGACGCGCUCAUGGCGCACUUCCCCGAUUCGAGCAGCGAAGACGGCGUCGAGGGCUUCGCGGCGCAGUUCCCUCACCCGCCUACGGCUCCCCUUCCUCCGCUACCUCCGCUGACUGGCGGUGGGUUCGCAGCGGCAGCCUUCGCCGGAUCGACGCCGAAGCGACGUGCUAGUGAUCGGCACAGCGCCUCGUCCCAGCAGUCGAAGCAGUCUGGCCAGUCGAAACAAUCAGGCCCAACGGGCAAGCCCCACCUGCCGCCGAUCAACACAGAACGAAGAAACAGCGUUAGCAGCGUCCGCUCCGCCGCCUCCGCCACGCCCUCUUCACCGACGAUCCCGACGACGCCCGUCCCUUCCUCUCCCGUGUCCAGUGCCAGCUCAGCGAGUUCUCCAACCCUAACGCACAAUUCGACGGACACGGGGUUAUUCUACUCGCCCAGCCGCCGCUCAACAGGCCACUACGUCAGCUACCCCAAGCCGUCCCCUCCGAUCGGGUACGAGGACAAGGCGCGCGCAUCCCUGCCCCCGACGCCGUCCGGGCCUCGCGGCGGCGUGCGUAGUGCGCGCAACUCGCUCACGCUGACGGCACCCCCGAUCCGCCCCCCACCCCCACAUGCCCCGAGUGCGCCCGACCUGCGCUCGCCCAACUUCGGCUUGGGCCUGGGCGACUGUAUGGCCCUCAAGUCGCCGCUGGAGGAUAUCGACCCCCGCGACUUCCAGGACCCGCCCGAGCCCCCGGCAGCCCACAAUAGGGCGGAACGUCGUCAGACAGUGGAUUUCACACAGCGCGAUCACGAUAGGCCCGAGAGACCCGAGAGCCGCGCCAGCCGCGCCACGACGCUGACCUCGGGCAGCUCCGAGGUCCGCGGCCCGCUCCGCGCCAGUGCGGCAGCCCACGCAAGAGUGUAUCGGAGACAGGCGGCUGCGAAUGCCGUUCGCGCAGUCACGAGUGCAGAGGACGAGGCGCUCGAUUACAAGCCCAGUCGCAGGAAGCGGCUCGGCGACCAUAACCGCGUCGCGAGGUGGUUGCAUAAUGCCGUCUCGAGGCCGUUCGGGCUCGAGACGAUUGACGAUUAG